AUGGCCCUUCUCAUGUUGAAGACACAUGACCCGUCGUGGCAGGACCGGACGGUGAAUGUGGAAGUGAUGCUCGCCCCGGCCAGAAAUCAGCUGCUUAUGAACAAACACAAAACACUUGGCAGCAAGUGUCUCAAGGCACAACGUCUUUACGAGAAGGAGCGAGAGUCGAUGUUAAAAAACAUACUCAUAGAAAAACGGAUAAUGGAAAGAAAGAAACAGGUAUUGUUGAGAAAAAAAUCGGAUAUAAUGCUGAAUCGGGUUUCUUCUGGUGUGUCUACUCAUAGAGAGAACAACACAACAGUUCCCAAAUUGUCAUCAAAGCGAAGCGGGUCGGCACCGGCAAAACUCGACUGGACUGACAAAAAUCCUAACAAAGCUGGUGUGUUUUUAACGGAAGUAUGUGGGGAGUCUCGAUCCCAAUCUGUAACAACAACGGAAAAAGACAAACACUGGGAAGAAUCGUCUUUCCGUUCUCAUGGUAACCUCAGCAUGCAAGUCGCUGGGUCGGCCUCACAGUUGUCAGCUUCGUCGCGAAGGGUUAUCUCCCCUUUCGGAUCAAAACGUUCUUCUCGAAGAGUAAAGUCUGUGAGGUUUGACGACAAUCGUCUUCAUGGAAACCAGGAAACAGAGCAUCACUCGCAUCAAACAAGCGUAGAUGGCUUAGUAGAGCAAUUUGUUAAAACUCAGUUAGAGUUCAACCAGAGACCUGCAACAACUACUCCAGAACAGAAAAUAUUAAGCAGACCAGACACAACCUCACCACUAGUAGCAAAGCGAUACUCUUCUCUGUCCUUAAACAAGGAUAAACUCAUUAACGCAUUCGACAACUUCUGUUUGGACAGAAACAAGGAAGACUUCCAAAAACUCGUGAGACUUGCUUCUAAACUGAAAUCGUCAGUUAAAAUGGCCCGGAACCAAUCCGUGAUUCCUGCUGUCGCUGCUUUACGAACAGGAAAAAUAUUUAUAAGCCAGACAAAGAAACCGAAAGCUACGGACUCUCAGUGUUUAUAA